GUGAGAGUAUCCGUUGAGAAAAAUUUGCCGGAUAUAUCCCACUGCUACUAUGGAACAGUAAUAAUAUUUCUAUCUACCCGGAUAUAUAUGUCAUCUAACCCCCGGCCUGGAUUCGCGGCGCCAUUACUAUACAAAUCCCUCCCCGCCAGCAUCCUCCGAUUUCCUGUUUCGGUUAUCGCCCCCUCUUUCUCGCUUGUCUCUAUUCUUAUUUCUCUCUUCCACCUCCCUUCCUCCACCUCUUUCUCUUCUCUUCUAUUUUUUCUUUCCGUUCCUCUUUUACAUUCUAUCCAGCCUACUUUUCACGUCCUCUCUUUUCUUUCUCUUAACGUUGACUCGUUUCGUUCCUUCGCGCAUUCGCCCGCACAGUAAUUUUGACCCUAUACAGUCGCCGUACCCUGUCCUUGGGAUCCCUGGUUUACCUACAAUUCCAAUUCCAUUCUGAAUCCGUUCCGAAAGCGAAUCCAUCCUAUCCCCCGUGUGGCCAGGCAGCCGAUUUUCUCUCGCAGUGAUUCGGUUUCGCUGC